AUGGUCAGUUUAAAGGCUUACUCCAGAGCCCUCCACCACGGGCUCUUCCUCUUGGAUAAUUCGGACGGCAUCGCCACCCCUCAACAGGUUGCCAAUGAACAGUACAAUGUCAUCAACUUCUUAGGGGGUUCGGGUCCCUACAAACAGAACCGCGGGUUUGGCAUUGAUCCCAACCCCCCGGCUCAAUGUCAGGUGGAACACGUCCAGCUUAUGAGUCGUCAUGGUGAAAGAUUCCCUUCUAAGAAAGACGGUAAACGGUUUGAAACGAUCGUUCAGCUUAUGAAGGACUACAGAAAAGACCACGGUGAUUUGAAAGGUGAUCUCGAAUUCUUCAACAACUACCAAUACUUCGUCACCAACCAGGACUACUACGAAAAGGAAACCGACAAAAACAACGCCAACUCGCCUUACCUCGGGCUUGACGAUGAACACCUCCACGGUCAGGCUUUCCGUAAGAAGUACGGCCACUUGUUGCCUAAGGAUAUCAAGUUCCCCGUGUUCUCGCUGAACCUGGGUCGGUGCUUCUACUCCGGUAAGGAAUUCGCCAAGGGGUUGCUUGAUGAUGACAACUUGGCGAAUGCCGAGUUCGUCAUUGUCGACGAAUCCUCGAAGAUGGGUGCCAACUCAUUGACCCCUCACUGCAACAAGGACAACACCAACGACGCUCAGAUCGACAAGUAUGACACGUCGUACCUUGACAAGAUUAUCACACGCUGGCAAAACGAUAACCCCGGCUUGAGCAUCACCAAGUCCCAAGUGUCGCUGUUGAUGCGUAUGUGUGGGUUUGAAAUCAACGUGAGAGGCUGGGGCCCCACUUGUGAGAUCUUCACCACCGAGGAAUGGAUCAGAGAGCUGUACCGUGGUGACAUUGGCAACUACUACUCGUUAGGUAGAGGUAACCUGAUUGCCCCGGUUCGGGGUUCGGAAAUGGCUAAGGCCAGCUUGAAGCUUUUGGAGAACACCACCUCCACCAAUCAGAUCUAUGUGUCGUUCACUCACGACACCGACGUGGAGUUGAUGCUUUCGUCACUCAACAUUGUUGACCCCAAGGAAGACUUGGACGUCAACAAGGUGGUAUUCCCUAGUCCCUACCGGAUUGCGGAAAUCGUCCCCAUGGGGGCUCGUGUCUACAUCGAGCGUUUGAACUGUGGUGGUGACAACUACGUGCGGUUCGUCAUCAACGAUGCCGUGUACCCGAUCCCCUCGUGUCAAGAUGGCCCCGGUUUCUCUUGUCACUUGGACGACUACAAGAAGUACUUGGACGAUCAAAUUGGUAAGAUUGAUUAUGCCCGCGAUUGUGCCUUGGAUAAUGGUGUUCCCAGAGAGCUCACUUUCUACUGGGAUUACAACACCCACAAGUACAACGCCUCUCUCAUCAACAGUUAG